UGUCAGGUGCGUUGUCAUGUUGCGUUGACAGUUGUGAUCAAUACACUGCGCGUAGUUUGUGAAGGAAAUUGCAACGCGAAUGAGUUUAAAUAAAAGAAAUAGUUAAUCCUGUGCAAUUUCUAGGCAAAACUAAAUUAAAUAAAACAAUUGUCGCAACCAGUUCAAUAUUUUCCAGCCACGGCGAUGCUUCCCAAUGAAAAUACUGAGCCAAUUGUACAAAGUGGUGGAAAAUUCAAAAUCUGAAUAACGCUUUUUAAGACUGAAAACAUGUUUUGUUGGCUAUGUGUUGGUGGAAUACGAUGGAAAAUAACUUAAUUUGGAAUUAGGUAUUACAAGAUCAACGAGUUUAUAGAAUCUCCACACCCACCUUCUUGGUGGCGGUCACUGAUCGCUUUGGUCGCAACUUACAACUGACCGACAUAUCUCGAACGAAUGUUUCGAAAAACGUGCCUUCCUGUGGCAAACCAUAUCGAAAUUCAUCAAUUAUUGGUUAGUAUAUUCAUCAAUGUAACCGAAACUGCUCCGUCCCGUUUCAACAAUGCGAGCACGUGCGCCUAAUUCGAUAGUCUACGCAUAAAUUACAGCUCUACGCAAAUGCAGUAUGCCAUUGCGUUUACGCAAAUUUUGCACCGUCAUAAUAAUGACUAUAUCUGAGCGACUGUUGAAACGAGUUCCAAGCCCUUCCGAUACCUUCUGAUAACUAUAAAGCGAUCGGUACAACUGCAGUGAAGCUCAAUUUCACUACUCACCACGAAGCUGGAGGGUAAAUUCACUUUCUUCUUUGAAAAAUGGCUAUCAAAAGGUGCAUCUUGCUGUAUGUGCUUAUCAUUUGUGGUACCUUUGAACUUUCUCAUGGAUUGGUAAGUAGCGCGAAAAGCAGUAUCAGUGUGGAGAGUGCAAACGUUUGCCUAACUUCCGCGCCAACCUUCAGCGUGUCAACAUGACCAUGUUUUCCAACUGCCAAGACGUGAAGCUUGCGUACAACGAAAUGCCCAUCUCGCUGGAAACGGUACGCUUUGAUCGUGAUUCCGAGGGCGUUUGCGACACGCUGCACGCGGAGUACGAGGUCCGGGAAUCGUCCGACGACGUCGAGUGGGAACUGAUCAUCACGACCUACCAGUGUGAACAGCAAACGGCGAAAAUUUGUCUCGACAAUCCCAAGGAGUACAUUGAGCCGAUGCACUGCGAUCGGUUCCAUUCCGACGACAGUGGGCCCUGGUUCUUCAUUGCCAGCUCAAUGACCAACGGUGAUCGGUGUGGCCGCAUGACGGGUCGUUACAAUCUCGAUGCUGCGGUGCUGAAGAUCAAGUACCUGGAGCAGUACAUCGCGAUGGGCAAGGGCACGUAUCGCGUACGGAUGCUGUUCCACAUCCCUGGCACCAAUCUGGACACGCUGAACGUGCGCGGCUGCUGCGAGAUGGACUUUGACGUGAUCGAUUGAACGGCGAUCGUGGUCGAGUUGCUCAAACACGUAAAUGCUGAAACUGUACAAACUAUCCACAUUAAAUAAGCCACAUCUUGCUAAGCGAGACGGGGAAAUGGGGUUGCAAAAACAUCGAUUGUUAUUCUUCUACCUAGUUCACACAUUGAUCUGUUUUCUUUGCGUUGAGUUUCUGUUUGGAAUAAGGUUCCUUUUCCGCAGAGAAGAUACAAUUCCGAAGUAAGCUCCGAUAGGUUGUUGUAUUUGUAUCCUGACAUUUUGUAGUACAUAUUUCAUACGCCUGGUUGACUGACUGGUGGUGCUUUGUUUUAAACUAAAAUUUUCGAUUCUGUACGAUCACAAUAAUUGUUUUGCUCAAGAUUCAAAUACCAACUGCCUGGUGCGUGUGGUGUGUCUUUAUUGUCUCGGUGAACAACACAACACACUGGGGACGACGAAGCCGAAAGACACAUUCAAAUGAGCGCAUUGGGACUGUUACAAUUAAGUGCCUUCGGUGAACCAACGGUAACCAAUAAAUAAAUUUGAUUUAUUCCUCGAUGUUAAAAAUAAUAGUAGCGCGCAAUAAAACAAAACUAUACAAUAAAGAUCUUGUUCAACAAGCAAAACAUCAAUUAUCAUUAUCAAGUGUCGUCUAAAUUUGUCCCCUCGUUAGUAUUUUUUUGUUUACGUUUGAUGUCUUUGUGUCUUUUCUUCUGUUCGCUCUAUCUGUGGCUCAUCCGCGUCUUUCAACCUCCGAUUGAUCAAAGAUUGACCGAUGUGUUGGUGGCUUUAGGAGCGCUGUUUGAUAGAGGAAGAUGUCACUUUCGUGGCCGAUUUCAUCGCCGAAUUGAA